AGUUGGAAUGGUCGGAAGGCCCGUACACAGUGGAGGAAAUCUGUCACUAUGGUGACUGGCUAUUCAUGAGCGCUCAGACCCCUGGCGGCACUAUGUGAAGAUACUGUUCUUGUCGUCUGUCAAAGAAAAACCCACAAAGGAAAACCGGGUGGAAAAGGGGACAUUUUUGGAAGUUGUCACAUUUGGAACUUGGGUUGUUUUUUCCCCAGUCAGUCCUGUUGACGGACAAAACGAGCACUUACCUCCUCAUCCUUUGCUGUGCCCCACAACUGUCAAUUAUGUUAUUAAAAAGUUUCGCUAUUUUAACUUUUUCACACUUUUUUGUAUUUCUGCUGCUGUUCCAUCUGCCUCAGAUCAACGCACAGAAAUCGACGGGUUCACGGUGGCUGAUUGGGGACCGGGAGACGCACUGUGGGUCGGUCAUCUGCUCUCGGACGCAGGGCAAGCCUGUCUGUGGCUCAGACGGCCGGAGCUACGACAACGGCUGUGACCUGCAGAGGGCGCGCUGCAAAGACCGCACGCUGACACUAGCCCACAGGGGGCGCUGCCGAGGUAAGAACUGGGUAAGAAUUGACCAGCUGCCUGUGGUUCCCGCACCAACGCCCGCCUUGGAAGGAAGGGACCUGGAGCUGAAAGAUGCCGGCCAGUCUAAGUGUCGUUUGGAGAGGAGCCAGGCACUGGAGCAGGCCAAGAGGCCUCAGGAGGCCCUCUUCAUCCCAGAAUGCAACGAGGAUGGAACAUUCGCCCAGGUGCAGUGCCACACCCUGACAGGAUACUGCUGGUGCGUGACCACAGACGGCAAGCCGGUCAGCGGCUCCUCAGUGCACAACCGGACCCCUGUGUGUUCAGGAAACUUCCGUGAAUUUAUGGGAACUCAUGCUGGGACAGGUGAAUUGUCAGGGUCAGUCACUGAUAAAACUCCUGGACCUCCAAAUUCCGGCAGAAAAGAUGAUGGCUCCAAGCCCACCCCCACCCUGCAGACCCACGUCUUCCCCGACGGAGAUGAGAUAACUGCGCCCACCCUGUGGAUCAAACAGCUCGUCUACAAGGACAACAAGCAGAACAACACCAGCACCAGGAGACCAGAGAAGGUUCCCUCUUGUGAUCAGGAGAGACAGAGCGCCUUGGACGAGGCUCGCCAGAACCCCCGCGAGGCCAUCUUCAUCCCGGACUGCGGGCCCAGGGGCCUGUACAAACCGGUCCAGUGCCACCAGUCCACAGGGUACUGCUGGUGUGUUCUGGUGGACACGGGCCGACCCAUCCCAGGCACCUCCACCAGGUACCAGAACCCACAGUGUGACAGUGCAGCUCGCUCUCGUAUCUCUGAUGUUGAGGAUCCCUUCCAGGGAAGAGACCUGACAGGUUGUCCAGAGGCAAAGAAAGUGGAAUUCAUAACCAGCUUGUUAGAUGCCCUGACCACAGACAUGGUCCAGGCCAUGAACUCACCAGCCCCCUCUGGUGGAGGGAGGUUCGUGGAGCCCGACCCCAGCCACCCUGGAGGAGAGGGUGUGCACUGGUACUUCUCCCAGCUGGACAACAACGGCAGCCACGACAUCAACAAGAAGGAGCUGAAGCCCUUCAAGAGGUACCUGAAGAAGAAAGCGCUGUCUCUGUGA